AUGGCUGGUUGUGUGCACAGGACAAGGGUGCGUGAGGCACAGACUUUUCUAAAGUGCCUCUUUGUAUUACUUUCACUAGGCUCUUGCUUUUCAUCUGCGGAUGCACAAGAUUUUGACCCAGCGUUCCUCUACAGGCAACGAUCUGGACCUAAUGCCGAAUCAAUCUUGGUAGCCAACAAUGGGAUCAGAGUCCCUUUUGGACGCUCUGUGUAUCUGGACCCUGUCAACGACCUGGUGACUGAAAUAUUGCCGGGGGACCGCUGCCACAUCACAGUCCUGGACAACGACCCGUUGGCCCAGAAACCCGGAAUGCUGACCCCUAAAAAAUUUCCCUGCGCGUUCGGGCCCGAGGAAGUGAAAUACACUCAUUUCGGGUCCCGGAGCCCCAGCAAGGAUCGUGUGAAGCUUCAGCUGAGGUAUGACUCUCAGACAGACACUGUCAUCAUCCCCUUCAUGCUGGAGGUGGAAGUGGUCUUUCAGCAGCUGGAGAUUCUUACACGCAACAUGCCUCUGGUCGUGGAGAAACUCAAUGGUCAGAGCAAUCCCAUUGACAAGAAAGGACUUGAGUUUGCUUUUGAGGACGGCGUCACGACAUGCAAGGUGACCACUCUGGUUGGCGCCGGCGGUCUUCCCAGGUAUGGCAAACUUGUUGAUAACUCUGUUAAUGGCCAGAUGAUUGAUUGUGAUGAAUUUCUUAAGAGAGGCAUUCGAUACCAGCACACUGCCACCACCAACUCACCUAACAGAGACUACAUACCCAUGUUAGUGGAGGUACAAGACAAAGAGGGCAACACUAUUCAACAAGAGCAUUUCCAGAUUAUGGUUAGAAUCAAAGAGGGUGCUGAAAAUACGCCACCAAAGCCCAGCUUUGUGGCUAUGAUGAUGAUGGAGAUUGACCAGUUUGUGAUGACAGCUAUAACCAGUGAUAUGCUGGCAGCUGAAGAUGUUGAAUCAGAUGCUGACGAUUUGAUUUUUAACAUAACUUCACCCUUAGGCUACCAGCAGGGUUAUAUUAUCAGCACAGAUGAUCAAAAUCUGCCCAUCACCUCUUUCUAUCAGAGAGAUAUUAAGGAUCUGAAGAUAGCUUAUAAACCUCCUUCUGAAGAUUCUGACGUAGAGAGAAUUUUCCAGAUUGAAUUUGAAAUAGUUGAUACUGAAGGGGCUGUAUCGGACACCUUUGCUUUCAUGAUUGUUGUAAAGCCCAUGAAUACUUUAGCUCCCGUGGCAACUAAGAACACUGGACAACUUUUGUUUGAAGGACAAUCUCGACCCCUGUCUAGUUCUCAUAAUUUAGAAAUCAGUGAUGAGGAUAACCUUGACGAUGUCAAGAUCACUGUCGUUGACGGCCUGAAACAUGGUGAGCUCACGGUUUUAGGGUCACGCAAAAAAUAUUUCACACCUGCCGACCUGGAUGCCGGGAUUGUUGUGUACCAACAUGACGGAAGUGAUACCUACAGUGACAACAUCAUUUUCAGAAUGACAGAUGGCAGUAACGAGGUGGAAUUUUUAUUUCCCAUUACAAUUGCUCCCACCGAUGAUGAGCCACCAAUUAUCAAUGCUAACACAGGUAUUGUGCUUUUCAAAAAUGAAAUGAUGCAGAUCUCCCCGUUUAUUCUGAGUGCCACAGAUAUCGAUUCAGAGGAUUCAACCAUUAAAUUCAUAUUAGAAGAGCCAUAUUCAACUGUUGGAGAGCUGCUUCUUAGGCAGGUGGAGCCCCCUGCUGAUCCUUCCACCUGGAAGUUCAGUGAAACUGAUGAGAUGUUUGAACAGGUUGUAACAGAGUGGUUCCAGCAAGACAUUCUUGAUGGAAAGCUGUUCUACCGCCAUACUGGACCCCACAGCACCACCACAGUAAUGGACCAGUUUGUGUUCACAGUCCAAGAUGACAAUGACCCCCCGAACCAGUCUGGAAAACAUACAUUCGCCAUUAAGAUUCAUCCAGUGGACGAUCUGCCACCAGAGCUUUACCCCGGAACCACUCUGCACAUGACAGUCAAAGAAUAUGAGCUGACGUUUUUCAAGAAGAAGUUCCUUCGAUACACGGACCUGGACUGUGAUGACAGAGAUCUUAAAUACACCAUCAUAACAUCUCCCACUGACACAGAUGAGAAUCAUCCAGUUCCUCUCGGAGACAUUGUACUAACUGACAGCCCUGACAUCAUCAUAAGUGAGUUUACCCAAGCUCAGGUCAACCACCACAAGGUGGCAUAUAAACCGCCAGACCAGGAACUGGGUAUCACACCAAAAGUGGUCCAGUUUUCUUUCACUGUGGAAGACACAGCUGGGAAUUCAGUAGAUGGUGAGUUCACUAUUUUCUUACAGCCUGUUGACAACAAGCCCCCUCUAAUCACCAACACUGGUUUCACUGUGCUGGAAAGAAGCAUGUACAUCAUCACCAAAAAGGAACUGGAUGCUUCUGACCAGGACACAGAAGCUGAGAACAUUAUAUUCACUGUGACCCAGAUUCCCAGAUAUGGGCAGCUGCAGUAUUUAGGAAUCGACAUGUCUAGAGGGGAGACCUUCAUCCUAGAGGACAUUGAGAGCGGUCGGCUGGCUUAUAUCCACAGCGGCGAGGAGUCUCUCAACGAUGUCAUUAAGUUAGACGUGAGUGACGGCUUCCAUGAGGUGCCUGUUAUCAUCAAGAUCAGCAUAAAGCCAGUAGAUGAUGAGGUCCCUACUAUAAUGCUCCCUGCAGGCCUGCUAGGAGCCUCCAUUGAUGUGCUAGAGAAUGGAGCCACAGAAAUCACGAGCAACGUGAUCCAGGGUCGGGAUGAGGACACAGAUGAUCUAAUGCUUACUUUCAUUGUGGAGGAGCCACCCAAACUGGGGGAAAUCCUAGUGAAUGGCGCCCUAGCCGAGCGCUUUACCCAACAAGACAUCAUCAAUGGUGUGGUUGUCUAUGCUCACACCAGUGGUGAAAUCGGUCCAGUCAAGGUGCAUGACUCCUUUAACCUCACCAUCUCUGAUAUGUCAGAUGAAUGGGUAGUAGGCGGCAACAAAGUUCAAGGGGUCAGAGUGCAUGUCACUAUCCUUCCUGUGGACAGUAUUCCGCCUAUCGUUAGUGUUGGGGAACAGUUUAUUGUAGUUGAGGGGGAAAAGAAUGUAAUUAAGCUGGAUCAUAUAACAGCUGAAGACAUGGACACAGAUAACGAUGACAUUCUUUGCACUAUUAUCGUUCAGUCAACAUCUGGCUAUGUUGAAAAUAUUUCUCCAGCCCCUGGGUCGGAGAAGUCAAGAGCAGGAACUGCCAUCACUGCCUUUAGCAUUAAGGACGUCAGUCUUGGUCACAUAUACUAUGUCCAAAGCAUCCAUAAAGGAGUGGAGCCAGUGGAGGACCGAUUUACCUUCCGUUGCUCUGAUGGCAUAAACUUCUCAGAACGCCACUUUUUUCCCAUCGUCAUCAGGCCGGCCAAUGAUGAAAAGCCUGAGAUCUUCAUCCGUGAGUUUGUCGUAAUGGAGGGCAUGAGCUUGGUCAUAGACACACCCAUCCUGAACGCUGCUGAUGCAGAUAUUCCAGGAGACGAGCUGGAAUUUGAGAUCAUCAAGAACCCCAAACACGGCAACAUAGUGCAGCAGCUGAGUACGGGAACAGUUCCCGUUAUCAAAUUUUCACUGGAGCAGAUCAAGGAAGCGUCCAACAUUGUCUAUGAACAUGAUGACUCUGAAACAAAAGAAGACAGUUUUGAAAUCAGGCUCAGUGAUGGGAAACACAGCGUUGAGGAAAAGGUGGUUAUCAUGGUCAUUCCUGUUGAUGAUGAGACGCCAAGAAUGGCUAUCAAUGAUGGCCUGGAAGUGGAAAUUGGAGAGACAAAAACAAUUAGUAAUAGGGUUCUCAAAGCCACGGAUCUUGACUCUGAGGACAAAGAGCUAACAUACAUUGUUCGCUUUGGCCCAAGUCAAGGUUAUCUCCAGAGAGUUACCAAACGUGGUGAUGUCAUCGGCAACAUAAGCAUUGGAAUGAACUUCACUCAAGACGAAAUUGACAAACAGUUGAUCCAGUACGUUCACACGGGCCAGGAGGGCGUCCGCGACCUCCUCAAGUUUGAUGUCACAGAUGGCAUCAACCCCCUCAUCGAUCGGUACUUCUAUAUUAACAUCGGCAGCAUUGACAUGGUCUUCCCUGAUGUUAUAAACAAAGGUGUGACCCUCAAGGAAGGGGGCAAAGUGACCUUGACAACUGACCUGCUCAGCACUACCGACAUCAACAGCCCAGACGAGUAUCUUACCUUUAGCAUCACACGUGCCCCCAGCAGAGGUCAUCUGGAGUGCACUGAUUUUCCCGGUGUGCCCAUCUCCACUUUUACUCAACUACAACUGGCUGGCAACAAGAUAUACUACAUCCAUACUUCAGAUGAUGAAAUGAAGAUGGACAGUUUUGAGUUUGAGGUGACAGAUGGCUACAAUCCAGUUUUCCGCACUUUCCGUGUGUCCAUCACAGAUGUGGACAACAAGAAGCCGGUCCUGACUGUUAACAAGCUGGUGGUGGGUGAAGGGGAGACAAAGCUCAUCACACCUUUCGAGUUGACUGUGGAAGACCGCGAUACACCGGACAACCUCUUGAGAUUCGUGGUCACCCAGGUCCCAGUGCAUGGCCAGUUGUUGUUCAAUGGCACCCAAGCAAUCACCACUUUCACCAAGCAAGACCUGAACGAGAAUCUCAUUUCUUACAAACACGACGGAACCGAAAGCAACGAAGACAGUUUCUCGUUUACAGUGACAGACGGGACCCACACAGACUUUUACGUCUUCCCUGACACGGUUUAUGAGACACGCAAGCCACAGAUGAUGAUCAUCCAGAUCAACAUGGUGGACAAUGGUGUCCCUCAGAUUGCAGUCAACAAAGCUGCACCCACCUUAAGGGUUCUGCACACAGGACAUUUGGGAUUUUUGAUCACCAGUAAGGUACUGAAAGCUGAAGACAGGGAUAGCCCAAACAAAGUGCUCAAGUUUUCAGUGUCUGAGCCUCCUCUACAUGGAUACAUCAUGAACACUGCUCUAGGAAAUGACAGCGUCAAGACUUUCUCUCAAGCUGAUAUUAAUGACAUGAAGAUCUGCUAUGUGCUGCUUGAUGGAAGCAAUGCCACCAGUGAUAUCUUCUAUUUCACUGUGGAGGACAACGGAGGAAACAAACUGAAACCGCAGCCAUUCCGGCUCAACUGGGCCUGGAUCUCUCUGGAACGAGAGUACUACCUGGUAGAUGAGGAUGCAAAGUUCCUGGAAGUGACACUCAAGCGAAGGGGAUUCCUAGGAGAGACCUCCUUUGUCAGUAUCGCCACUAAGGAUGGAACGGCAGAAAAGGACAAAGACUUCCGGGGAAAAGCCCAAAAACAGGUUCAGUUCAACCCGGGCCAAACCACAGCCACCUGGCGGGUCAAGAUCUUCACUGACCAGGAGUUUGAGACCUCCGAGACUUUUGAGAUCCAGCUGUCCGAGCCGGUGAUGGCUGUCCUCGAGUACCCAGACACUGCUACGGUGGAGAUCAUAGAUCCCGGUGAUGAGUCCAUGGUCUACAUCCCUGAGGCAGAAUACCAGAUUGAGGAGGACAUCGGUGAGCUCUUGGUCCCAGUACGUAGGUCUGGAGAUGCUAGUCAAGAACUCAUGGUCAUCUGUCACACACAGCAAGGCAGUGCUACAGGAACCAUCCCUAGCACCGUCCUGUCUUACUCAGACUAUAUCACACGUCCUGAGGACCACACUAGCGUCCUGCGCUUCGACAAGGACGAGCGGGAAAAGACCUGUCGGAUCAUCAUCAUCGAUGACUCGCUCUAUGAAGAGGACGAGAGCUUUAACGUAUCUCUCAGCAUGCCCAUGGGGGGCCAGCUGGGAUCCAGUUUCCCCAGUGCCAAAGUGGUUAUCCUGGCUGACAGUGAUGAUGAGCCAUCGCUGUACUUUGGAGAGCCCGAGUACACGGUCGAUGAGAGUGCUGGGUACGUGGAGGUGAGAGUGUGGCGAACGGGAACUGACCUUUCCAAAAUGGCCUCCGUCACCGUCCGUUCCCGAAAGAGUGACCCCACCUCAGCGGAGGCGGGUAUCGAUUACGUGGGUAUCAGUCGGAAUUUGGACUUUGCCCCGGGGGUCACCAUGCAGACAUUUCGCGUGACCAUUCUGGAUGACCUUGGCCAGCCACAGCUAGAGGGACCAGAGACAUUUGAACUGGUCCUAAGAAUGCCAAUGAAUGCCGUACUGGGAGAGCCCAGUAAAACCAUCAUCACCAUCAAUGACACGGUCACUGAUGUCCCGAAGGUGCAAUUCAAAGAGGCGGAGUAUCAGGUGGAUGAGAGCGACGGACAGGUGCGUGCGAUCGUGUACCGCAGUGGAGACAUCAGCCAGAGGUCCACAGUCCGCUGCUACACCCGACAAGGCUCCGCCCAGGUCAUGAUGGACUAUGAGGAACGGCCCAAUACUGACGCCUCCAUCAUCGCUUUCCUGCCCGGCGAGAGUGAGAAGCCCUGUGUGGUGACUCUGAUGGACGAUUCUCUCCAUGAGGAUGAUGAGGAAUUCCGGCUUAUACUGGGAACACCGAAGAGCAAGUCCCCAUACGGAGCUGCACUGGGAGAACAGAAAGAGGCACUGGUUACCAUCACUGACCAGAAAGACAAGCCCAUUAUCAGAUUCUCUGAGAUUAAAUACAGUGUGCGGGAGCCUCAGGUUCCGGGGGAGAUUGCCGUGGUGAAGAUCCCGGUGUUGCGUCAGGGUGACACCUCCAAGGUGUCCGUAGUUAGGGUCCACACCAAAGAUGGCUCCGCCACGUCUGGAGAGGACUACAACCCCCUGUCUCAGGAUGUGGAGUUUAAGGAAGGAGAGACAGAACACGUUGUGGAGGUGCAGGUUUUGUAUGACGGGCAGAGGGAGAUUCGUGAGGCCUUCUCUGUCCACAUGAAACCUGACGAAUACAUGGUGGCCGAAAUACAGAUGAAUAAGGCUGUGGUCUACAUUGAAGAAAUGGACAGUGUAGCUGACGUCACCUUCCCAGCAAUACCUCAGGUCGUGUCUCUGCUCCAUUACGACGACACGGUGCGAGCGAAAGAGAACCCCCACCCGCCCAACGGUUACCCCGUUGUGUGUGUAACGGCAUGCAACCCCAAAUAUUUUGACUUUGAUAAGACAGGCUCGAUCUGCACCGUGGAGAACAUCAAUGACACUCUGACUCAAUACCGAUGGCUCGUUAGCGCCCCCACGGGGUCAGACGGCGUCACAAGCCCCAUGCGUGAGGUGGACACCAACACGUUCUUCACCAACACCAAGUCCAUCACGCUGGACUCCAUCUACUUCCAGGCUGGUUCUCGGGUCCAGUGCGCUGCCCGGGCCUUCAACGCCAAUGGAGACGCUGGCCUCGAGCUCAGCUCGCCCAUCGUCUCCAUCAGUCAGGAGGAAGGUCUUUGUCAGCCUCGUAUCCCUGGUACAGUUGGAGCGGAACCAUUCUCAGCCAAAAUCCGAUACACCGGCCCAGACGAUCCCGAUUACCCCAACCUCAUUAAACUCACUGUCACUAUGCCACAUAUGGAUGGUAUGCUGCCGAUCAUUUCCACACGCCCUCUCUCCAACUUCGAACUGACACUGAGUCCGGACGGCACUCGGGUGGGGAACCACCGCUGCUCCAACCUGCUGGACUUCAACGAGAUCCAAACGGGCCACGGGUUCAUCACAGUCGCCACCAAAAACCCAGAGAUCAUCGGAGAGACGUCGCCGUACCAGUACAACAUGGCUAUGCGCAGUGCUAACUCUCUACGUUUCUAUAGAAACCUUAAUCUGGAGGCGUGUCUAUGGGAGUUUAGCAGUUACUACCACAUGAGCGAACUUCUCAGUGUCUGCGGGGGAACCAUCGGAACAGACGGACAGGUCCUGAACCUGGUUCAGUCCUAUGUGACCCUGAGGGUCCCUCUCUUCGUCUCCUACGUGUUUCAUUCUCCCGUCGCUGUGGGUGGCUGGCAGCACUUUGACCUGCAGUCUGAGCUGCGUCUCACUUUUGUGUAUGACACUGCCAUCUUGUGGCAGGAUGGAAUUGGCAGCCCUCCUGAGGCUGAGCUGCAAGGUGCCAUGUAUCCCACCAGCAUGAGGAUAAAUGAAGAAGGCCGUCUGGUGGUCAACUUCAAGACAGAGGCUCGUUUCAGGGGCCAGUUUGUCAUGUCCCACCCAGCAUCCACCCUGUCGUCCAUGGUGAUGUCGGCAGACCACCCGGGCCUGACGUUCACGCUGUCAUUGGUCAGAACUGAGCCCACUUACAACCAGCCACUCCAACAGUGGAGCUUCGUCUCCGACUUUGCUGUGAGGGAUUACUCGGGCACCUACACAGUGAAGUUGAUUCCUUGCAGCGCGGCACCAAAUGGAGAGUUCAGCAUUCCGCCCGUCUGUCAUCCACGCGAGCCUCUCACCUUCGACAUCGACAUCCGCUUCCAACAGGUGAGUGACCCAGUAGCGGCAGAGUUCAGCCUGAACACUCAGAUGUUCUUGCUGUCUAAGAGAGAGCUUUGGCUGUCUGACGGGUCCAUGGGUUUCGGUGAAGGCACAGACGCAGCUUUCUCUGAAGGUUCAACCAUAUAUGGGCGUGUGAUGGUGGACCCCGUGCAGAACCUUGGCGACUCGUUUUCCUGCGGCAUAGAGAAGGUUUUCCUGUGCACAGGAACCGAUGGUUACGUGCCCAAAUACAACCCAACAAACAAAGAAUACGGCUGCCUGGCAGAUGCCCCGUCUCUGCUCUACAGAUUCAAAAUCCUGGACAAAGCCCAGCCGGAGACUCAGGCCACCACUUUUGGAGACGUACAGUUUGAUGCCACGUUGGCAGUGGAUACGCCUGGAGCGCUACCCUUGGUCAGGCAGACUGGAUCAGACGGCUUCACCCUGUCUUCAUCUCCUCUGUUCCAGGUCGCUGCCGGUCGGGAAUGGUUCAUCCAUACCAUCUAUACGGUCCGUUCCCGGGAAAAUGCAAACCGCAGCAUUGGGAAGAGAAGCUUGGAGUACCACCACAGCUUGUCUUCGGUCCAGUCUCCAGAAUCCGGAGCUCUUAGCCGUCGCCGCCGCGCGGUACCUGACCCAGAAGCCUUCGACAUCGGCACCGAGAACAACCGCGGUACCAACAUUCAGCAUAUCGCUCUGGAUCGCUCGGACCGGCUCCGGGUCAGCCAGCGCCAACCGUGGAGUCGCGAGGGCUACGUAGAGCGCCCCCUGGUGGAGGGAAGCCUCGGCAAAGACCCCGGGGCCGAUUCAACUCUCCCAGCUGGCAUGCCCACGCUUCUGGGCGUGGCAGGGUUACUGCUCCUGGUGUGCCUGGUAGUGGUCCUUGUGGUUGUCUUACUUCGACGCAGAAGACGGGAGAAAGAAUUCCCGCCUUACUCCACCUCCUCCUGCUCUGCUUACAGGGGCAACAGCAGCCACAACAAAGCGUUGGCAAAUGGGGGAUACGGCACAGACAGCUCUGAGGUUUAA